GCUACUUUCAAGUUCAUGAGACUCAAUUGGAAGCUACCAACGCCGAUUAGGAUAGACAUAGCUAAAUGAUUGAGAAAUAGAGUUGGGAUAGUCUGGGGAGAGUCUAGGAGCCGUUGAACUUUCAGUCCAAUCAUUGUGUGGAAUUUCCCCCCUAGAGUAUUUAGCGAUAUGAUCUAGUCACUAGACUCUCUGUACAUAUCCGAAGGCCGCAUGUCAACAUGACGUUUGGUCAAUGGAUUUCUUUGAAUGCAUGCAAAGCGGGAAUUGAGAAGAGAAACUAAAAAAUGUGGAUAGAAUGUAUAGAUGGAAGUGGCGUAAAUCGAAUUUCUGCACGAGGAGUACGGAAAAAGGUAGAUACGAGAAUAUGGAGAUGCCGGAUCCAAAACCGUGGAGGGAAAUGAGGAGAUGUUGCGCAAAUACUGGAUACGAGUAUGGUUUUUAUACCGGUAUAAAGGCUUAGGAGUAUGCUCUCUCGAAAGGCCGAAGAAUGUCUGGAGCAAGAAUUUCCGACAAGGGCGCAUGAGCACAGACGAAGAUGGGAACCCCCUUCGGCGCCAAAAGUGAUAGUAUGCAUCCAAGAGAGCGAGGUAUAUAUUUUGGAAUUCCUAUUACCUACAUCUCAUAUUUCAUGCCCUGUAUGGUGAGCCGCAAUUAAUACUAACAGGUCUUUAGCCGCCGCUACGAUACGAGAAACGUCGCAUUUUCAUCCUCUUCACAGGGAGGAAAUCGGGAGAGGGAUGAACAGUUUUGAAUCCUGGCAUCCUUAUAUAGCGAAGCAGUAUAUCAAGAUAGCUCAAGAAGAGGGUCGAUAAGGAAUGGAAGAGAUGUUUAGGUGGUAGGUGACAGUGAAGCUUGGAGAAGAGGAAGGCGGAUGAAGAUGCUUCGAAGAAGACAUGUGAAGAUCUUUUAAAAAUAGAGAGGAUGAAACUGGAGAAGAAAGAAGAAGCUGUGGGGGAAGAGGCUGCGAGGGAAGAGGCUGCGAAAAUGGAAGGUGAUAUGACUGCGAGGACAAUCGAGUUCACAAUCCAAAAGAGGAAGGAGGAUGUAUAAUCGAUGGUCUGCUUUGUAAAGACAAAUUGUAACGCGAUUUGGAGAAGUAUUGGGAAUCUAUUCUGGAACAAUAGGAGCGGAACGAGUGGGAAGAGAUGAGCUCUUGGGAGACAUGGAUGAUUUUAAUCACGCGGAGGGGCACCAUAUCCUUGGCC